AUGUCCAUCUCGGCCCUGCCGCUGCUGCUGGGGGUGGUGGUGGUGGGAGCCCAGCAGGAGAAGACCAUCUGCGCGGGCAUCAACGGGAUCCCCGGUCAGCCCGGAGCCCCGGGGCAGCACGGGACCCCUGGGGCCCCCGGGAGGGACGGCAGAGACGGCGUUACCGGAGCACCCGGAGCCAAGGGAGACCUCGGGGCUCGAGGCUUGACUGGAGACCCAGGUCUGCCAGGAAAGCUGGGCCCUCUUGGCCAACCAGGGCUCGCGGGGACUCCGGGAGUCGCAGGUGAGCAGGGCGAAAGAGGCGAGAAAGGCGAGCGGGGAGAGAGCGGCGUGGGGCCCAGGUCGGCCUUCUCUGCGAAGGUCGACACUUACACGCCGGCGGCCGGCUCCCCCGUGACGUUCAACGUCAUCAUCACCAACCCGCAGGGCCACUACAACCCCGGCACAGGGAAGUUCACCUGCGCCCAUCCAGGCGUCUACUAUUUCACGCUGUACGCGCACCCCGGUGAAAAGUACAUUGUGGUUAUGAUCAUGAAAAACGGGAACAUCAUCUCUAAGGUGUGCGGUGAGAAAUUCAACGCAAUAAGUGGCAGCGUCGUGCUGAGUCUCAAAGCCGAGGACGAGGUUUGGCUGGAGUUGGAGGCUCCGCACAUUAAUUUGUUCUUCAACGUGCACAGAGACUCGGUGUUCAGCGGCUAUAUCCUGUACUCCGAGUGAAUCAUUUUGUUUCCAUCAGCGCAUCAGGCAAUACAGAUUGGGAACACAUUAACACACGCAUAUGCACCCCUGCCCCCGUGUUAAACAAAGCUUUUGGGCAACAUCUCAGAAAAAUACCCAACAAACAUCUGCAAAUAUACUCAGCUUGCCCAAUGCUGUGGUAAUGAUUGCAAAUUUUCGGAUGUGAGAUGUUCUCACCAGAGGCAAAAUAGGCCCGGCACUUCUUCUCAGCCACCUCCCUCCUUGUGAGUCACGGUGUCUAGGGGAUUAUGAAUCGGUUAGACAAUGCGCAGAGACAUAGCUGCUUGCACCAACUGAAAAAGUCCUGAAACCUCACAAAUUUUCCCAUCCGGCAUCGGCAGUGAAGGGGGAAAUAUUCCAAUUCCAGCUGAUAGCUACGAGAGUUGCUCAUUUCUAACAUGGGAGAGAGAGGACUUCGGAUCUAUUUUCUCUCCCGUGCAAUUCUCUCAAUAUUUUUCAUCGGAAGGAAACGUAAAGAAGGACAAUAACUCGAUCUGGAAUACUGGGAAUUUUAACAAGAUUUGUAAUGCAGUAACUAUGCCUUGGUUCGUUAUGCACAAGGACGUGAACCAACUGUGGCAGAUAAUAAUUUUCUUGACAACCAAGUAAAACCAACUCUUCAAACUCUCGGCGACAGUAAUAGCACGCGUCUACAGAACCCUGCAGUUCACCGACUUCACGCAGCGACCCCCGUGUCGACAAUGACGGAACACCACAGCGACUUACACAGAUAGAGACCACCGCGGGGACCAUUCACACCAACCCUGACGCAGGCCUCAACUCCUGGGCGACGAGGCAACGUACCAGAAGCCCAGGGUACGCAAAUUCACCGUCGA